AUCAAAGAAAGAAUCCAAAACAACAGAUCACAGCUGGACGUUUCCGUUAUUUUCCAUGGAGAACUUUGUUAACAAAACUUUACUUCCAGUUGAAGCAAAUCCAAAUUCUCUCUAUUUCUCCACCAAUUCAUCCAUUCAAUUUGUAUUCUCUCACUGUAAACGCAGUUGUUAUCGGUCCUAGGGUUUUCCGGUCGCCGGAGACGGAAACUUGACGGUUAUCAUGGCGCAACAGUCGAUGAUCUACAGUUUUGUUGCCAGAGGAACGGUGAUUCUCGCCGAGUACACGGAUUUUUCUGGUAAUUUCAUUAAAAUCGCUGCUCAGUGUCUCCAGAAGCUUCCGGCGACGAAUAAUAAGUUUACGUACUCAUGUGAUGGCCACACGUUUAACUAUCUCGUUGAAGACGGAUUUACAUACUGUGUGGUUGCCAUAGAAUCCGUCGGUCGCCAGGUUCCGAUGGCGUUUCUUGAACGAAUCAAGGAUGAUUUUACCAAAAAAUACGCCGGAGGGAAGGCUGCAACAGCUGUUGCCAAUAGUCUGAAUAAAGAAUUCGGUCCCAAGCUGAAGGAGCAGAUGCAGUAUUGUAUGGACCAUCGAGAAGAGAUGAGCAAGGUUUCAAAAGUCAAGGCCCAGGUUACAGAAGUCAAAGGCGUGAUGAUGGAGAACAUUGAGAAGGUUCUUGACCGUGGAGAGAAGAUUGAUCUUCUGGUUGAUAAAACCGAGACCCUCAACUCUCAGGCACAGGGUUUUAGAACACAGGGUACACAACUGAGAAGAAAAAUGUGGUUGAAGAAUCUGAAGAUAAAACUGUUAGUUUUAGGAAUCGUCAUUGCAUUGAUUCUCAUCAUCUUCUUUUCAGCUUGUCAUGGUGUUAAAUGUGUCAAGUGAAUGUGCAUCUUGGUUUCUGACUUAUGUUCAUUUGCUUCUUUGUGUUAAUUUUUUUUUCUAAUUUUGGUCCAUAUAAAAGCUUAUAUUUUGAGCCCAUAUAUGUAUAGAGACAUAGAGUGCACCUAUAAUAUAUUAGCAUAUAUUUGAUGGCA